AUGACCCAAGAAGAAUCCCCAGAAAUCAUCGACAUAUCUGACUACGAAGAUGACACACGGCCCGAUAGGCACCAGCCCCAGUUUGCCAUACAGACGUCACUUGCCAACAGCGAAAGUGGACAAUAUCCAUCCCAGCCACUGGACAUCUUGGUUAUUGAUUCGAGUGACUCCGAAGAUCUUGAAGAAUUGGAAGAGAGGCUAAAAUAUAUUGUUUUGAAAAAGAAAACCAAGUCUGAAAUUCCCGGCUUUCGCUCCAGUAGCAACCCGACUCCCAGCCGUCAUACACAGUCGCCUUUUGAGCCGGACUUUGAAGAUGACAUCCUAGUGAUAUCUUCCAGCGAAGAAGAUACUAUGAUCUUACAGCCUGCUUUUCCAAACGAUGCCCAAGUUUCGAAUAAUCCACCCAAGCACCACGAAAACCUGGAGCGUGAUCAUAUCUUGAAACAGGCUCCAGAGGCUUCUUUCCGAAAACCACUGCAGAAAGAAAGGACCAAUGGCGUCCCAGAGCAGGUGGGAAAAGACCAAGGAAGGUUACAUCGCGAAGUCAACAAACUUGUCACCGAUAAGAAGAGCACACUGAAAUACUUUACUGUCGAGAUAUCCCAUACUUUGGAAGAUCAUCCGCGCCAGCAUGUAGCAAAAUACGAUAACAAGUCGAAGGAAUGGGUACCGGUGACACCCUACCAUGCUUUGGAAGAUCUGUAUGUUCUUUUCCUAUCAGCGGAUAGUCUUGCUCUCGCAGUUUUGGAAGAGACACUUACCGAAACACUCUCUGAACUCCGGAGUACACAUCAGCUUACUGCUCACUCCCAAAUAUUUGUUAUGAUCGACGGGCUUCACGCAUACUACAAACGCAAGGGGGGUCGCAGCAAGCGAAACGCAAUAGAAUCAGCCUUGGCAACACUACAAGCAUCCGAAAGGUGCUUUAUCGUUCAAGUGGAGGGGGCCAGUGAUGCUGCACAGUGGCUUUUCAAUAUAAUCGGAGAUCUUGGGAUUAGGCCAUAUAAACGGAUCCGGGAAUCUUUCUUGCCAUUUUGUACUGAUAUGCACGUCAGAUGCGGUGGUUCCAAAGCUGAUACUUACAAGAAGAUGCUGCAACAAAUCCGAUACAUAACUGAAUCUGCAGCAGGCGGGAUUAUUGAAGAAGCUCCCACCCUUAGGGAACUAUUCGAAGGAUACGCUCAGGAGCCUGAUAUCCACGCCCGGCACGAAAGGUUCAAAGAUAUCACAAUACUGAACAGAAAAGAUGGUGUCGCCAAGAGCAGGAUCUUAAACCGAGCAUUGUCUAAAAAGGUUCAUGAUGUGUUUUGGGGUGAAGAUCCCCUAACUUUAGUUGUGUAA